AUGCCAAUUGAUCCCGACUUUCCCUCCGUCGCGGACUAUGUCAUAGUCGGAGGCGGUACUGCAGGCCUGACGCUCGCUGCACGGCUGUCAGAGAAUUCUACCAAGUCAAUUGUAGUUCUGGAGGCCGGUAGGAACCUCCUCGAAGACCCCAGAGUUAACAUCCCAGCGCUCUGGACCACCCUGAUGGGGUCCGAGGCAGAUUGGCAGCUCCAAACCGUCCCCCAGGCUGCGCUGGGAGAUCGGGUGAUCAAGGAGCCCCAGGGGAAACUCCUGGGCGGCUCCUCAGGCAUCAACGGCCAGGCUUUUAUCGCCCCCUCCCAGGCGGGAAUCGACGCCUGGUCGAAGAUGGGUGCAAAGAGCUGGACUUGGGAGAAGCUUCAUCCGUACUACAAGAAGUCUUAUACUGUUCAACUGCCCGACGAUGCGACCAAGGCGCACAUUGGCAUUGACUGGCUGGACCAAUCUAGUAACGGAACAUCGGGUCCUCUCAAGGUGUCGUUUCCAGCCGUCAUUCAGGACCCUUUGUGCAGGGCCUGGGUGGAUACCUUCAAGGCGACGGGACAUGGAAUCACUGCCGAUCCGUUCUCGGGAAAGUCCACGGGCGGCUACAGCAAUCUGGCCGCCGUGGAUAGCGAGACAAAAACACGGAGCUAUGCCGCAAGUGCCUAUGGCCGCCCGGCUAUGGAACGACCUAAUGUGCAUAUUAUUACCGAGGCACUUGUCCAGAGGAUCCUGUUUAACGAGUCUGAGGGACCGAACGUGACGGCCAGUGGUAUUGAGGCUCUUGUGCAAGGCCAGAUACGUACCGUCAAUGCCAACACGGAGGUGAUUGUGUGUGCGGGGGCUCUUAACUCUCCAAAGCUUCUCGAGCUUUCUGGGAUUGGGAAUGAGGAGAUUCUCCGCCAGCACAAUAUCCCCGCAGUUGUGCAUAACCCUAACGUGGGCGAGAACUUGCAGGACCAUCUGAUGAGCGGAAUCAGCUUCGAAGUGGUCGAUGGAGUUGUGACAGGAGAUCCGCUCCUGCGUCAGAAACCGGAGGCGGUGCAGGCAGCUAUGCAGCUCUACACGGAGCACAAAGCAGGGCCAAUGACUAUUGGAGGCGUGCAGUCCAGCUCCUUCAUGCCUCUUGUUGAUUUCCAGAACCCGCACGACUCGAGCGCCAUGAAGAAGUAUCUGGAUGGCUUCUUGUCCGAUCCUAGCAACCGUGAUCAGGCCAUCCGCGAGAUUCUCGAGCAGCCGGAUGCGCCCACCUGCUCCAUGUUCAUGUUCCUCGCACAGGCCAAUCUGCACGAAGCCACUGGGAAGAGCUUUGUCGGACAGGACCUGCAGCCCGGUAACUACCUUAGCAUGGGUGUUAUCCAGAGCCUGCCCUUCUCUCGGGGCCGUGUUCACCUCGCGUCUACGGAUCCUAGCGACAAACCAACCGUGGACCCACGAUACUUCUCGCACCCACUAGACCUCGACAUCAUGGCGCGAAAUCUGCAGGACGUAGAGAAACUGCACACCGUGGAGCCUUUGGCCAAGUUCCUGAAACCCGGCGGGAGGCGCAACCACCCCGAUGCAUUCCUCAGCGACCUCGACUCGGCCAAGAAGUAUCUCCGGGAUACGGCGACAACAACGUACCAUUCUAGUGGCACUGCCGCGAUGCUUCCUCGUGAGAAUGGAGGGGUGGUCGAUGAGACGUUGCGAGUUUACGGCACGACCAAUUUGCGGAUCUGCGAUGCAAGUAUCUUUCCGUUGAUUCCGGCAGCCAACAUCAUGUCGACCGUGUACGCGGUCGCGGAACGGGCAGCAGAUAUAAUCAAGAUGGCGGCGUAA